UUGGUCAGCACUGGUCGCAAAGGCAGAAACAGCCGCCAGCAGGCUAAAGGUUAAUAGAAUAAUAGAAAACCUAGCCAGUUUAAAAAUACCUCAUAUAAAACUGCAUAUUUGACUGGAUAUGGCGACCUUGGAGGCAGUAUUAUCAACAUAUACACAUUGAACGUUUGCCAAGAAAAUAAGUAAAAAAUACUAUGUGAUGCAUUAAUUAAAAUACAACAUCAUUACAAAACAGGGUUAAUAUUUAUGUGUAAUUAGUUGUGUUAUUUUUAAGACAUUUGCUUCUAUUUAUCGUACUUGGAAGUUUUAAUCUGAUAGUGAAAUAAAACGAAAAUGGUUACAUAAUCUCACUAAUAUCCUAUACGAAGAUCUAUCAGAUUUAUUAUCGUCAACAGGUACCAUGUUAUUAUUGUUAACGAAGUGUUUCAAUGAAUAAUUAAAGUGAAGAAUUGAAAGGGAAUUUUGCUCUUGGCUUUUAAUCUGAUGACGAAAUCUAUCAAUUAUACUGUAAACCUAGAAUUGUUUUCGCGCUUCUUAAAUUAGCGCCUUUCGCGGGUAGUAUAUUUCCGUGAAAUUUAAUAGCCGCGAAAAACUCUGUUCUAACAAAAACGCGAAAGAUUCUAGCUUCAUCUUAUAUAGAUCGCUAUAAAAUGGUUCUGUGCUUACACAUACCUGGAUAUUAAUAAUUUAUAUUCUAGUACCGUAAUUGAAUAACAUGAGUGCACAAAUCCACAUUAUUUCAAUUGAUUAACAAUAUAUUUAUUUAUGAAGCAACAGCACUUUCAAUCGAUCCGUAAGGCAAACAGAGGAUGAAAACAAAAACAAUAUGCAUCUAUCGAACGACAUAUAUAUGCAAUGUGCAGUCGGCAGCCAAUACGAUAUAUUAUUUGUAAGUAAAAUAUUGUGUUUGUUUCUGCUAAGUGUGAUUAAUCGCCCAUUUAAAUGGCAAACAAAUGACAGUGCAAUAACAGCAAUUUACUGACUGUCAAUAAUUGGAGGUGUGAAUAACCGUUUAUAUGGAUGAAAAGGAUUAGGGUGCAUUUAUAAUUGAACGGUAAACUGAAUGUUUUCGAGAAUACUAUAAAUGCAACUAUGCAGUGAUACUUACCUUAUUAUACUAAAUAUGUUCACUUGCGACUUCAUAUUCGCGGUAUUCGCGAUGGAUAUGAUUCCGCGAAGAUUUGUAUCCGCGAAAAUGUUCAUGUUUUGAAAAACGCGAAAUAUAGUAUCCGCGAACAUUUCUAGGUUUACAGUAUAGCAUAUGUUCCGAUGAGAUGUCUGUGGGCAAAGAUGUCAAUCAGACAAUUGCGUUAGAGAGUUCAAUGAAGUCAAUACAUAUAAUCAGUAGUAAUAACUGUUAGUGACGUUCAGUUGCAAUCAAAACUAUUUUAUGCCGACUGAAAAAUUGAUAGAACCAAAACAUGAAUAUGCUGAAUAAGCUACUGGUUGUGUUGUUUGUAUCCAAAAUAGCACCAUCAUGUAGUACUAACAUAACCAUUGGGCUUUUGUUGGAAAGAUCAGUGGAUGCAGACUUUCCUUUUUCUAUUAACCGUACAUAUGGACUUAUAAGUGUUGCUAUUAAUCAUACGCGGACUCUUAUGACGAACGUAAAGUUUGACUAUAUCAUAAUGCCAGUUGACGUCUCCACUUGUACUGCUAUGGAGUGGGGAGCAGCAUUUUCUGAGAUGUAUUGCGCAUACAAACCUCACGUUCUUAUAGGACCAGGUUGUUCGGUUUCCGUCGAACCAGUGUCUCGAAUGGCAGUGUCAUGGAACAUUCCACACAUUACUUAUAGUGGUUCCGAUGAGUUACUUAGCAACAAACAAGUGUUCUCUAUGCUGACCAGAACUGGUUUGACCGUAAACGCGCAUACGGAUGUAUACAUUCAUCUAAUAACAGAAUAUGGAUGGACAAAUGUUGCAAUUAUUUACGAUAAAUCUAGGGUUGUACACAAUAUGAUGGGGAACAACAUGCAGGAAACAUUUGAACAAAAGACCCCAUUUAUCAAAUCCUGUGCGGUUUCAUUUAAUCCAAAUGCUGCUGUACAGAGAAAAGAAUUAGAAAGAGCAUUCAAGAAAGCUGCAAAACAGGCUAGAGUGUUUCUGGUGUUUUGUCAUGGUGAUGUUUUGAGAGAAAUUGUCAUGGUUGCUCAGAGAUCUGGUCUUAAGGAAGGGGAGUAUGUCUUAAUUUAUAUGUUUGAAGGACACGGGUCUCGUACUUUUGGAGAUUACACUUGGUAUAGAGAAACUUCGACCAUAAAUCAGGAAGUUCGGAAAGGUUAUGAGUCUGUGCUUGUGAUAAGACCUAGGAAACCAACAAACAAAGAAUUCACCAGAUUUGAAGACGAAAUCAAAAGAAAAGCUUACACUGAGUAUAACUAUACAUGGCAAGAAGGUUACGAGGUGAUGAUGUAUACAUACGGUAUGUAUGACUCGUUUAUCAUUUACACAAAUGCUUUACGUGAGACUUUGGCAGCCAAUGGAGACCCGCGUGACGGAAAAGCAAUUGUUAACAGAAUGUGGAACAGAACGUUUCCGGGUAUCGGUGGGCCCUUCUUUAUAAACAGUAACGGUGACAGAGUUGUCGAUUACUCUAUUCUAGAUCUGGACCCUAAAACAGGAGACUUCAACGUCGUGUGCCAAUAUCUAGGUUGGAAAGGAAACUUGGAGUUUAUCCCUAAUGUUUCAAUACACUGGCCAGGGUCUGGUCUGCCUCCGAAAAAUAUGCCUGAAUGCGGUUUUACGGGGGAGCUUUGUCUUUCUUUCCGUUUGAAAGAGUCUGCUGUCUUGGCAAUUUGUCUCAGCUGCGGAAUAGUUAUAGCUGUAGUGGUUGGUUUUGUCAUGUACAGGCGUCAAAAAAUUGAAGCAGCUCUACAUAGUCAGUGGUGGCGGAUAAAGGCAGAGGACAUCAGAGUUUACACACUAACGUCAUUCCUGUCUUUUGGAAGCAAGAGGACUGGUUCCUCAUCAAUUUCGGUCCGCGAUGCAAACAUUCAGAAGACCGGCAUAUAUAAGGGCACACGUGUCCAUAUAACAAAACCAAAAUUAAAGACAUUGACUGUGGACCGUGUCCUGUUGUUGGAAUUGAAACAGAUGCGUGACGUAACAAGUCCAAAUCUAACACGUCUCAUUGGGAUAUGUCCCGAUAUCAACAACAUCAGCAUAAUAACUGAACAUUGUGCAAGAGGUAGUCUUCAGGAGAUGUUGCAAAGCGAUUCCAUAAAACUGGAUUGGAAUUUUCGAAUUUCGCUCAUAAACGAUAUAGUAGAGGGUAUGCAUUAUUUGCAUACAAGUCCACUUGUUGUACAUGGACGGUUAACAAGCUCAAACUGUGUAAUUGACAGUCGCUUCGUUCUAAAAAUCACAGGGUUUGGUUUGAAGAGUAUCAGUUAUAGAGAGAGCCAAAUGGAGCACGGAUAUUCCCCAAGUAUGUUGUGGAUGGCACCAGAGCACGUACGUGCAUACCCUCCGAGAAAGUCCUCACAGUUAGGAGAUGUAUAUAGCUUUGGCAUAAUCCUGUAUGAAAUGUGUACAAGAAAUGAGCCGUAUGUCAACGAGGAAUGGUAUUCCUCAUGUAACGAUGCGAUAAAAAGAAUAAUAAAUAGCGAUCACACGACGAGACCAACGUUUACUGAAUAUGAUCUAUGCGAAGACAUAGCGGUAUUAGCGAAGUUAUGUUGGAGCGAGGUUCAAUCAGAUCGUCCGCUUUUCAAUGAAAUCAAGAAGUUUAUCAAGAUUGCUAAAAUCAAAAGGAAUAUCAAUCCAGCAGAAAAUGUUCUAGAUGUUUUGUUGAAGCGCAUGGAACAGUAUGCUAACAAUCUGGAAGGUCUUGUAGAAGAAAGAACUCAAGCUUUUCUUGAUGAGAAGAAAAAGUCAGAGGAACUACUUUAUCAAGUUUUGCCGAAGAGCGUAGCCAACCAGCUACGUGUAGGAAAUACUGUCAGUCCAGAAGCAUUUGAAUCUGUCACCAUUUAUUUCUCUGAUAUUGUCGGGUUCACUUCAAUUUCUUCACGAAGUUCACCCUUUGAGGUUGUUGACCUUUUGAAUGAUUUAUACACGUGUUUUGACGCGAUUAUUGACCACUAUGACGUUUACAAGGUCGAAACGAUUGGAGACGCGUACAUGGUUGUAUCUGGGCUUCCUGAAAGGAAUGGUAUCGAACAUGCAGGUCAAAUAGCUAGAAUGGCAUUAAAUAUCCUCAGUAGUGUUCGCAAGUUUACGAUUCGUCACCAGCCAGAUACACCACUUCAAGCGAGAAUUGGCAUCCAUUCAGGACCUGUGUGUGCCGGUGUUGUUGGAAGAAAGAUGCCACGAUACUGUUUAUUUGGCGAUACUGUCAAUACUGCAAGUCGGAUGGAAUCUAACGGGGAAGCGAUGAAAAUUCAGAUGAGUGAGCAGUCAAAAAAUCUUUUAGAAAUGCAAGGCCGUUUCAUAAUAGAGAAGAGAGGCACAAUAAACGUGAAGGGAAAAGGAUUAACACAAACGUUCUGGCUACUGGAGGAACAAUUUAUAGACGAAGCUUACGUUUAGUCCUUGUAAUUGCUGAACAAUGAACUUUGACUAAUAUUUAGUAAAGUUUUUAACUCAAUAUGUUUUAUAAACUUGACAGCUCGAUGUUUCAUUAUUUAUUAAUGUAAAAUCUUCGCUUCUGAAACAUGACACCUAUAUAUUUUGUGUAUACAUGGCAUUGUGUAAUAAAAACAUUUUAAUCAGUGACGAAUUUUAAUUCUGCUUCAAAAUAUUAAAAAACUGAGGAGUUUAAUAAUCUGUUAUUUUAAAUAUAGUAAAACUUUUAAAUGAGGUCAAUAAGAUAUUUUACAUCUGAAUAUCUAUUCCAAUUAGUUAAAAAAUUGAUAAGGAAUCGAAGAAGGGUUUCUCACCAUCCUUAAAUUUGUAUCAAUAAAAGAGUUAAAUAGCAUGAGAUAUAAUAAUGUAAUUCUUUUUUUUUCUGUGGCCGAUGCAGUCUUGAUCUAGAUUGAUAUCUUUGAUCAAUUUUGAUCAUAUUUAGUACAUAGAAAUGCACUCUCCGUCCAAAGAAGAUCUCAGUGCUACAACAAAAUAUGACCGUCCGAGAAAAGUAGGAGGUAUUUAUUGGUUGUGAUAAUUCGAGGUCUACUUUCCGUCACGAGUUCAAUAAAAAUAUUUGCUGUCGUACAUGUGGAUAUGAACUACACACACAAUGUUGAAAAUAGAUUAACUACACUUAAGAUAGUGUUAAAUUGUUAGCUGCCUAAUUAUAAGAAGAAAAUUUCAUUUAAGAAAUUAAAAUAAGUAAAAAAUCAGUAUUUGUCUGAUUCAGAUUUAAAUGUAUAAACAUUGCAUAUGAUAUUAUCGUAAGGGGGUCAUCAGAGGAUCGUUUUAUACUUCCUUAUUCGCACCUUGAAUACAGUUACCAGAUAAUUACGAAACCACUUCUGUAAUUAGUCCUUUUUGUGAUGUUCUCGUAUAUCUCCAAUGUAAUGAGCAUACCAAUACAAUGUUACCCCGAUGUUAACACACGCAA